CUUAACCUUGUACUCUAACCUCAAUUCUUAGUAAACAAAUAAAUUGAACCAAGAAACAUAUUUAAUCGUUUUAGGUAAGGCAUGCCAAUGAAAGGUACACCAACAUGUUUGAAAUGCAAAGCCACGGAAUCUCCCAUGUGGACAAAUGCGGAAAAUUUAGGGGCUCUUUGUUUGAACUGCGUUAAUGAAACAAAAGAUAUUAUGAAAAAAGAACAGGAGGAGGAUGAGGACGAUAAACAGGAAGAAAAUAAGACCGGCAAACGUAAAAUUCGUCAAACGAGAUCUUACAAGACACGAUUAAAUCCACUCGCCUUGCCCAAAACUGCUCAGCCAAAAAGUGGCAAGGGCCGAAGACAGAUCUUUAAACAGAGACCACCCUUGAAAGCGCCCAUGGCCGUUGCUACUCCCGUCACGAGUAAUUAUGUUUUUCACAAGGGAAGUUAUAUUCAAAUAGGGGACAUAGUUUCAAUGACUGGUGAGGAUGGAGAUAAAUACUAUGCCCAAAUUAGAGGGUUGUUAACAGAUCAAUAUUGUAAAAAAAGUGCUGUGAUUACAUGGCUUUUACCCACUAAGAGGAGUCCUCCUCCAAAUGUUAAAUUUGAUCCUGCCACUUAUGUGAUUGGCCCUGAGGAGGAGGUUCUUAGAGAUUUAGACUGUAUGGAGUUUAUAAUGCAUGCACCAUCAGAUUACUUCAUGUGCAGAAAUUCUCCUUAUCCAAAUAUGCGUCCUUCAGCAGUAGGAGGAUAUAUAUGGACCACCAUGGAAAAUAUUAAAAGAAUGGCUGGUUAAACUCACACUUGUUUUUAACAACAUUUACAAUUAUAUACAACAAAUAUAUUAUUUUUUUAUUUAA